GGCGUGGUUGACACUGAAUGGCAGCUGUACUGUGGUUCUAGUUUUGAUUGGCUUGUUCUGUCACUAUGGUCAAAGGGAAGACAAGAGGCUCAGAGAGGUUUCUUUUAGAGUUGAUCUAGCCUGCUGAACAUUACCUUCAUGAAUACCUCAGGCAGUGAAGAGGAAUUUUGCAACGAAAGGACUUCAUUGAUGACAACUGAGAGUCCCCCUUUAUCUUCAUACCAUGUUGAGACUGGAAUAUCAAGCUUGGAGGAUACACAGACCAAAGCGCGUUGUCCAAUCACAAAUGAGAGCAAUAACAGGGAAGCACGCCAUGAGGGUGUAUCUGUAGAGCGGGACUCCACUGCAGACAGUGAGGAUGAGGAGAUGUCCCUCAAAUAUGGGGCCAAACACGUCAUCAUGCUGUUUGUCCCCGUCACUCUCUGCAUGAUCGUGGUCAUCGCUACUAUUAAGUCAGUCAGCUUCUACACUGAGAAGGGUGGACAGUUGAUCUAUACUCCUUUUACAGAGGACACAACGUCUGUGGGACAACGGCUUCUCAAUUCAGUUUUAAAUACACUGAUAAUGAUCAGUGUCAUUGUUGUUAUGACCAUAUUUCUUGUUGUGCUUUACAAGUACCGCUGUUACAAGUUUAUCCAUGGAUGGCUGAUCCUCUCCUCCCUAAUGCUCCUUUUCUGGUUCAGCUUUAUGUACCUAGGAGAAGUGUUUAAGACCUACAAUGUGGCGAUGGAUUACCCAACCCUGGCUCUUGUCAUCUGGAAUUUCGGGGCAGUGGGAAUGGUCUGUAUUCACUGGAAGGGCCCCCUGCAGCUUCAGCAGGCCUAUCUCAUCAUGAUCAGUGCGCUGAUGGCCUUGGUCUUCAUCAAAUACUUGCCUGAGUGGUCUGCGUGGGUCAUUCUGGGAGCCAUCUCUGUUUACGAUUUGAUAGCGGUGCUCUGUCCGAAGGGCCCUCUGAGAAUGCUGGUUGAAACCGCUCAGGAGAGAAACGAGCCAAUCUUUCCAGCUUUGAUUUACUCCUCGGCAAUGAUCUGGAUGGUUGGAAUGACAGAACAUUCAGCUGUGCAACAGCCUUCCCACCAGGAAACGAACUCGGAUGAAGAAGUAGGCCAGAGUCACCAUGACAACACAGAAGACAACAGGAACAUGGUGGUGCCAGAGACUGAGGUGCAUGGAGCACAAAGCAGAACAACAUCAGCAGUGGAGCUGGAGGAAGAAAGAGGGAUCAAGCUUGGACUGGGGGACUUUAUCUUCUACAGUGUCUUGGUGGGGAAAGCUUCAGCCACAGCCAGCGGAGACUGGAAUACAACACUGGCCUGCUUUGUGGCUAUUCUAAUAGGCCUGUGUCUUACUCUCCUAUUGCUGGCUAUCUUCAAGAAGGCAUUGCCUGCCCUGCCCAUCUCUAUCACCUUUGGGCUUGUCUUCUAUUUCUCCACUGACAACCUUGUCCGGCCAUUCAUGGACAACCUCGCCGCCCACCAGUUUUAUAUUUAAUUUUGAAGGCUGCUUGAAAACUGGAUAUCAAAAUCCAGUCCAGAGUCAGCCCAUUUGGUAUCAUCAUUGUGCCAGGUAGCUUUUUAUUUGGGGGAAAUACAUAAUUGCAGUUAUGUAUUAUAAUUUUGAACUGUAUGUUACUUUUAGAUAUAUAUAAAAUUAGAUAUUUAACAUGUAUGUCAUUUUCUAAAUGGCUUGUUACCCCUGGCAUUGAAUGCAGAUCAUAAUUGGACCAGACUAUUUUUGACACAGGUUAAUAAAAAAUGCAAUAGUGCAGGCAUUCAAGCUGUAGUGUCCCACAACCAUGUAUAGUUAGGUAUCCACCAUAUAUGUUAGUAAAUCUGCAGUUUGAGAUUACAGCCCCCAAAACUGUAAGGUGAAAUUUACCAGUGACCUUAUAUCAUCUGCUUGGUGGCCAUAUUUACCAGGGGUAUGCAGUUACUCAGAAUUAAAAUAACGCAAUAAUAUGGUUUUCUAGUGGCUCACCAUAUAAAGGCAUAAUGAGCCACACAGUCAGGGGAGUGCAGGUGCACGUCUUAGUGCCAAGCUGCUGUUCUUACCCCGGCUGGCUUUUGUCCACCACAGCUGACAUCUGCAUUUGAGCUCCUGAGUGUAUAGUAAUUUGGAUUUGUGGUGGAAUCGGAGGAAACCCACUGACCUUCAGUUCUCCUGGUUUGUGGUGAGGGAACAUAACUGUACAUUCUAAAUUGGGGAGGAAAAAGGGGAAAAAUAAUGAGGCACUCUAAAUUUAAUAAACAAAUGUGUUUUUGGCUUAUGAGGAGCCCAUGUUUCUAGCAGUUAUUCCGAUUCUCUGAGUAAUUACCUUUAACUGGUUUUAAGUUGGAAGAUAUUAAUUCAAAUGGAAAGUAACUUGUUUGAAAUUUAAUUAAUUGCACAAAACGAUAUCUACACAAUUGAGUACCAAUAAAUGAUAAUGAAACCGCAUCUUCUGAAAAAGAUGUAAUACAAAUUAAUCUGUGACCUAACCUGUUAAAACAAAUACCGUAUUACUUCGAAUUAACGCCACCCUCGAAUUAACGCCUCACUCAGAUAUCAGCUUUUCAAUAGACGCCGCCCUUGAAUAAACGCCGCUCUCAAUAAAGAAACGGAAAGGUAUUUUUUUUCUACCCCUGCUCAAAAAAUAAAGAAAGAAACGCACAACUCUGCCUAUGUACACGACCCCCCCGAAGAGACUGCAACCUCAAUCCAGCAUGUAAUACAAUCUAAUGUACACCCACCUUAGUAAGCAAAUGUUAUUUUAUAGUGCAGUCCCUGUCAGACAACCCAAGAUUAACUACUUGCAGCACAGCAGUCCUUCACGUCCCUUCUUUUCCAGCAGAGUUCAGUGCCAACACAGCAGGGGAUAAAACAAGAGCUGUCUGUUUACCGCGUCGUCAGCUUGGAUGGUGAAAACUUAAACUCAGAGUAACUUGGAGCUUUGCCAGUCACCCUAAGCGCUAUCCGAAAGCUGGCUGAAGAUAUCUUCUUGUAGGUGGUUUAGUUGUUUUGUUUUUUAUUCAAUUGGAAUUUUACUCAGUCUUGUACAAUUAUAUAAAAAAGAAAACUUGCUUACUAUCUAUGAGAAGAUUUUGUUUCGGUUUCUCUUACAGAGAAAUUACAAACAAGCAGGUAAAUUACAGUAAGAAAAAAAAAAUCGAGUAGGAUAUAUUUUAGUUUUAACAGAAAUCAAACUGAUAUUCAGAGGUAAUAUUUUUCGUUAAGAAAAA